CAAAAAUAUCGUGAAAUAAGCCAGCCACCAAAAUGUCGCAGUGCUCUUUCAUCCUACAUCUCUAGGAGAUUAUGGCUUUACGCCCUAUACGCCACGCGGCUCAUCCUGCGGUUCUGGUUGUCCUCUUCGAUGGGGUCAUAUACCGCUAAGCCGGCAGUUUUUGCUUCUUGUCACUCAAAUUCGAAUAGAUGAUUUUUAUCAUUUUCGUAGAAGAGAAAAGUGCCACCGGGCCGCUAUUUUUUCACUACCGCAUCAAGUGCACGCUUCAAGGCAGUCAACAAGUGCGACCAUUUCUCGAUGGGGUGUCGAUCACCACAAUCCAAAUGUACUGAAAAUCAUGACGUCCUCCAGUGAGGACCGAAUAAAAGACGCGGGAAAUACCAAAGACUUCUGCGGUCGUUGUACCUCUACAAGUGCUUCUGGUGAGGGGGCUGCCAGCACCUCUCCGCGUCGCUGCGGUUUCAGGCGAGAGGAAAUAGAACAAGGUCACGAUUUUUCCCGAGCCACGACCGCCGCAAGUAGUACUACCUCCACCCCGCGACCACCGUCCUCCGAGCCGAGUUCCUUCAAGGCACACGAGGAUCACGCUCGUACCUGCUCAGCAGAGGUAGAGGUUUCGUCGUUGUCGGAAAACGCAAAAAAGAGCAGCAACGUAGUACUAGCUCCUGAGGAGCAAGGCGAUUACGUGAACUCAAACCACCAGAACCGGGACGACAAAACCAAGUCCACAGGCAUGAUGGACGGAAAUGCCGGGGACGAGUUUGAUGGCCUGUUCGAUAACCUGGACAUGUCUGAGCUUGAAGAUGGGGGCGUCGACAAAAAACUGAAGAACGACAACAGUGAGCAGCUGCGGCCAGGGAAAAAAGUUGUUCAGAAUCCGGCACUGCAACAAGCUAGCUUAGUUCAAGGAGGAGGAGCUGCAUCUUCAUCGUCUACUGCAACGAUCGGACGCCCUUUGCCUGGAUCGACCGCAGCCGUCGUGAACGUGGCGGCAGCUGCUCCACUUGGUGUUGGUUCUUCCACAGGAGUCCUUGGGCAACAAGUUGUACUCUCGGCAAACGCAAAGCGCCCCGGAACCACGAGUGCGACUACUUUUGUUCCGCCCCAGCGCGGUGCGGGGGUUGCUGUGCCUGUCGCAAACCCGCUUCCUGCGCACCUGGUGCAGCAUCCUCAACUGGCAGUACCCGCCGGUGCUCGUCAACCAGUCCCGACUAUGCAGAUGAAGAUGGGUUUCGGAAUGCAGCAGCCUUUCGCUGCCAAUCCAGGAACGGGAGCUUUCGCCGGAAGCGGUGCGCUUGGCGCAGGAGGGCCCGCUGCUGUGCCAGGUGCUGUCCUGACUAGUCAAGGUGCUCUACUAGUACCGCCAGCGUCAGUAGUUGCGGGAGUUGGUGCCGCAGCCAGCUCGUCGAAGGUCCCGGCUGUUCUCGGAGUUGGAGGGGCUGUACCGUCCACCUCUCUGUCUAACGGUCAGGGUGGCAUGGAAGAUUUGCAUCGCGAAGACCCACAAGAACCCUUGCAUCAGUGGCGCCCCGUCUUUCGCGACGACAUCGCUAUUUCGACAGGACAGUUCAUCGUGCGGAGUCAGAAGGUGCGCACAAAGGAAGACCUCUCGACAAACACGCAACAGAAGAUCGCAAACGAAAAGGCUGAAUUCAGAGCAAAUGCAGUUGACGAUGGCGGAAACGUCAAGAUGCAAGACGCGGGAACGGGAGCGGUUGCGCCCAAUGCAGCGACUGAAGAACACGAGGUGGACCACUGCGGAGCUCCUUGGUACCUCUCGCGACUGGCGAACUGGCGCAUAGUGCAAAAAAUCCACGCGAGCAGCAAGGUGGGAGCAAGUACAAUCGCAAAGAUGGAGAUUCAUGCGAAAAUGAAACCGGAGCUGGAGAAAAAGCCCGAGGAAAACCUGCAUUUCCCGGACGCCCACGCCGAGAGCGAAGAGAUUCGUGAAUCGUCGUAUUUGACCGCUUUGCCUGUGUUUCACACGAACCUGACCCAGGAAAAUUGCCGGAAGACUGCUUUCGAGGCCGAGGUAGAAGACCACCCCAAUUACCAGUGGGAGCAGCGGCAACUGGAACUGGUGAAUGGCGUCCAGACUUUGCAGUGGCAGAUGCAAGAGGCGCAGCGACGAGCGCUCCUUGCGCAACAGGAGGCGAAUCGCAAAAAGCAGCAGCUGGUCGCCAUGAACCCGUCUCUCGGACCUGUAUUGUUUCCGGGGGUCCUCGCGAAAGGGGCUAAUUCAAGUUCUGCUCCACCAAAAGGUAAAGGAGCGCAGCAGCUUCCAGGAGCCUACACGGGAGCGGGACUACAACUCGCGGCACCAGGUGCUCCGCUCCCGAUGAUGCAGGCACAGACAGUGCCGGUUAAUUCCUUCGGAUUUGGUCCACAACUGCUCCAGCAAGCGUCCGCUGUUGCGCAAUCAGGAGCUGCCUACCCAGCAGGCUACAGCGCUGCUUUCCAAAGCACGACCCAACCUCGUCUUGCUGCUGCCGCGUUAAAGCGUUCCGCCGUGCCGCUAGCAACGGGAAGCACUGCCUCAUCAGCGUCUGCGGCCCAACAGCCCGCACUCAAGAGGCCACGAAUCUCAAUGGAGUCCGUACAGGGCGCCGGAGGACAGGAACAACUGCAACAGAACGCUGGAACAACGGGGACCGGCAAGAAGGCCCGUCCGACGCUGCGCAUCAGGCCAAAGAAGAGCGUCGAACCCGAAGAGAAAAAAUCGCUCUUCGCAGCGACAGCUGCGGCCGGAGCGACCACCAGCAAACCUCCGGCUCCGAGCGGAGCAUCUUCCUCAGGCGCAGCGGGAGGAGCACCUUCAGCGAGUGUUCUUCCUGGUGGUGCGACGCAGCUGCAACCACCAGUGGGAUCCAAUGCGGCGUUUCCAAAAAUGCCUCCGAUGAAGUCUCAGAUUGCGAUCCCUCAGACCAGAGAGCUGUAUAACUAUCCCCCGGUCGUGCAAAAGUCCCGUAGUUCGCUCAGGAGCCGCAUCAAUUUUGUAUGACAGCAGACGGCCGCGGCUCGCGGCUUCAACGCGUUUUUUUGUUCUUGUGCAGCGAGAGAACCUCCAACUGGAAAAGCAUACAAUUUCAAUUACAACAACUAAAUCAUAUCUAAUGUAUGAGUUAAUGAUUGCAUAUGCAUGCACAUGAUUGAUCGUACGAAAGCCAGGGCCAGGGCAAAUUCUUGAAAUGCGUCUCUAUGCAACUACAGCGACACGCUUGCAAUUUCAUAACAAGUCCGGGCAUUACAAAGUGACAAUUUUACGCACGAUGAACGAGACCGCCAAGCUCCUCCGCUCGGAGCAUGACAUCAAUCUCACGCAAAUACCACCGCCCAAACCUGACGAGAAGGUCGUGGCCACUAUGCCUGCAACGAGGCACAGACUUGUGCUGCAACAGCAACAGGAGUUGCUGCAGCAGGCGGCCGAAAUAAAGGGAGGGAAAAAGUUACCCAAGACCUCUUCGCUCCCCUCCCUGCAGCGAAUGGGGUCUUCCUCGCAGAACCUGAGCACACUCGGGGAGGCUGCCGGAGGUGCGAACAAUGCGGGAACGAACAAUGUCCCCUCCGACGACGAGGAGCGCGGCAGCAGCGUGGUAUCCGCGGGAGGCAAAUUAGAGAAGGCAGCUGCGGCGUCCUCGGUGAAUGGUGUCGGGGGAGCGUCCUCGGCCGUGACCAGUGCUGCCGGCGGGAACAAGCCGCUGUCUUCGUCGCGGUCAGACAUCGGCGGCGCAGCGUCCUCCAUGGUUUCCUCACAAACUGGCGCGAACAAGCGGGGGAAGAAAAAAGGCAAAAAGCUGGGCGCAAACGGAUCGCAGAUCGGGCAAUACGUACUUUAUUUUGGCUUGUGCAGAUGAUUCGCGAUCGCGCGAGCCAGCGACUCAGUUUAUUCUGAUUGUCUGAGGAGCACUGCGAGUCGGAUGAACUGAUCUAUCUUCAACUGACGCCCUCACUACAGACACGAAAUUCGUAGCUCGCUGCACCACAACUUCUUUAUUUCUUCCGGUAAUGAAACAAACUGAAAAGCAAUAAUCUACCUCCAGAAUAAAAAUCACAGGACAUGUACUACCUCCGGGAAGCGGAUAACGAUGAGAUACGACAAGCGUGCUACGAGUGCCACAUGACGAAGCCAACUUUCUCGGAGAAAAAUGAAGCUGCCUGGGUACUGCUGGAAGUUGAGAUGAAGAAAAAAUGCAUCGCAAGAGCCUUGCUGUUCUUGCUGCUGUUACCUAGAUAGGAUGAAAUUACGUAACGUCCUCUGGCGCAUCUUGACGUCUAUUCUUCAUGCAUGAAAACGAAAUAGGAAAAGAAUAAGAAAUGAUCCACUCUAUCUAGAGGGACAAACAAAAGGCAUAGUGGUGUUGUGCCUAGCUGUAGCUGUACUGGCGCACAAAAUUUCAGGUGAAAAGGCGAAUAUUUGAGGAUCGGCAAUGGUCGUGCAAAAGUUGGGUGUUGUUAGACCGAACCAACGAGGUUCGGGCGGCGAUGACGUGCCGUGUCAACCACUGCCGACCGCUCACCGAGGAGGAGCGAGACAAUUUGCCUCUAGUGGCGCGGGGAAACAAAUGGGAAACCGAAACAAACCCGUUCUACUGGAUCCAGAUCAUGAACAUGAGUGCGCUCGUGGAAGGCCAGGGAGAUGGCAAUCGAAUGUACAAAGUCAUGGAAAAUCUGUGGCGAAGAGAAGGUAAGUCUAAGUAGCUGCAGCAUAAAUAGGUUCUCCCAACAACUCAUCCUUGUUGUCCCGCACUGAGGUAGACUUACUUAAGAGCUACCCAUUGCUCGAACUACACAUGUAGUGGUCAAUUGUCAUGUUGAUGCGUUCGGGCAAAACAAGGCUGGUCACAGUGGUCCGAGCAGUACAUACAAAAGUCAGUUUUACCUAGUAAAAACUUGGAACUAGUUGUUUGUGCGCAAUUUUCCUCAGGCUUCAAGAUCGUUACACUGUAUCCUGCCGAUAACGAUGCCGCGCCGAAGUAUUGGGGCAACUUGGGCUUCAAGGAGUACAAGGGUCACCUGACCAUGCUACCCAUGCGGGCGAAGGAGGGACCCCACGCCGAUCUUGUCGCCGAAAUGGACGUCGGAACUGGACAAAUACUCCCCCUCUGGGAAAAGGACCUGCAGAAACGCACCAUGGCCCGGCGCGGCAACGUCAACCGCUCACUUUUUGACGGCCGAGCCGGGUACUGAUUUAUUCUAGGGGGUGUUGGCAACCUCCGCGACGUCCUCAUCCUGCUCUGCAGCAAUACGAUAGGGACAGGAGCCUCGAUCCGGUUCCGGAGGAGAACCGCGACACCUACUCUUCCUUUCAUUUUUUUCUUUUUGGGUCGGCGCAGAAAGACAUACAGCCGUGCCUUCUCUAUAAAUCAUAAGCCCCCCUCGCGUCAUGCCCUACCUUGCAUCAGCUUCAGCUCCCCCUUUACCAUUGAAGCGGUAGAAUGGUGACUCACGCCCCCAGUGUCGGUACAAAAAUCUUCUCGCUCAGUAACAGUAGGGUGCGAUCGGGAUCAUGAGCGAACAAGUAGAAGUACUAGAUUACUCUUAUCACUCAGCGACAGCGACCUUUUUCGUUUUUCCACAGGUAUUUGUCCUCAUCUUGUUUUGCUUGUGACGAUGAGCAAAUACACAAGAAUGAAACGCAAAGUACCAGGAUUAACACAUAUCAUGCAGAACAAUGUAAGCGACCGAGACAAUGUUGCCUAUUACUAUUUUUAGUAGGCGCAUGUAAAUUAUCGUGGC